GUUGGCCUGUUCCUCUCUCAACCUUCACCUACCAUCAAACCACCUACACCUACCAUCACCUUCAACGAGGUACUGGGGAUUUUUACCAGCACAGUCAGAAUUUACCAACACAAACUCGUCACAUUCACCAUGUCCCUACUGUCCGCCUACAGGUUUACCCCGAAGCUCUUAAAUUCAACGAAGAGCACAGCAUGUCUCUUCGCCGCUUCCAGAAAUGCCACUACAUCAACAAACCUGAGAGAUGUGCUUUCGGAUCUCGUCCCUAAAGAACAGAGUAGGGUUAAGAAUUUCAAAACGCAGUAUGGCAAGACCAACAUCGGCUCAAUCACUGUGGAUAUGAUCUACGGUGGGAUGAGAGGUAUGAAGGGCCUGGUGUAUGAGACCUCAGUGCUGGAUGCAGAUGAGGGAAUUCGUUUCCGUGGCUACAGCAUUCCGGAGUGCCAGCAGCUGUUGCCCAAGGCUCCAGGAGGUGCCGAGCCAUUGCCCGAAGGUCUGUUCUGGCUGCUGGUGACAGGCCAGGUGCCCACAGAGGAACAGGUGAACUGGCUGUCCAAGGAGUGGGCCAAGCGUGCAGCUCUUCCCUCCCACGUGGUCACCAUGCUGGAUAACUUCCCCACCAACCUCCACCCCAUGUCUCAGUUCAGCUCCGCCAUCACAGCUCUGAACAGUGAGAGUAGCUUCGCCCGGGCCUACUCCGAGGGAGUCAACAAGGCCAUGUACUGGGAGUUUGUCUAUGAAGACUCCAUGGAUCUGAUCGCUAAACUGCCAUGCGUUGCAGCCAAGAUUUACCGCAACCUUUACCGUGAGGGCAGCAGCAUCGGCGCCAUCGACUCCAGUCUGGACUGGUCCCACAACUUCACCAACAUGCUGGGCUACAGCGAUGCCACGUUCACUGAGCUCAUGCGCCUGUACCUCACCAUCCACAGUGACCAUGAGGGUGGUAAUGUGAGUGCUCACACCAGCCACUUAGUGGGCAGUGCCCUGUCUGACCCCUACCUGUCCUUCAGCGCAGCUAUGAACGGAUUGGCCGGACCUCUUCAUGGACUGGCUAACCAGGAGGUGCUGGUAUGGCUGACGGCCCUGCAGAAGGAGAUGGGAGGAGAGGUGUCUGACGAGGCCAUGAGAGACUACAUCUGGAACACCCUCAAGUCUGGAAGGGUGGUUCCAGGUUACGGCCAUGCCGUCCUGAGGAAGACAGACCCCAGGUACACCUGCCAGCAGGAGUUUGCCUUCAAGCACCUGCCCGAUGACCCCAUGUUCAAACUGGUGCACCAACUCUACAAGAUCGUGCCCAACGUGCUGCUGGAGCAGGGCAAGGCCAAGAACCCCUGGCCCAACGUGGACGCCCACAGUGGAGUGCUGCUGCAGUACUAUGGGAUGACAGAGAUGAACUACUACACGGUGCUGUUCGGCGUGUCCCGAGCCCUGGGGGUGCUGGCCCAGCUGAUCUGGAGCCGAGCCCUGGGCUUCCCCCUGGAACGCCCAAAGUCCAUGAGCACGGACGGACUCAUGCACCUGGUGGGGGCCAACAAAUCCGGGUAAAGAUGAAGUAUCAAAGGAAGAGGGAAGGAGGAGGAUGAGGACAAAGAAUAACAAAAGGGGGGCGGCAAAAUAUAUAGUACACUUAUGAAAACAUUAAAGGGCCUUUGCUGGAUUUAGCCGGUUCAAGUCAGUGACACCAAGGUUAUAUUUUUCCUUUCGUUGAGCCGUGGUAGUUGUCUUGAGAUAUUGAAGAUGACUUGGUUUUGUAAAGAAAUCCAAAAAUCAUGUCAAUUUUUUUGUUCUAAAAUGUGGGGCACUCGCAUUGUCUGACGGAAUUAUCCAAAAUACCAAAACAAAAGACAACACUCCAUGGCAAGCAAGGUCCUUCUGUAAUAUAACCACUCUAAUCUGGCCUAGCAGGUUAGAAUAUGUACAGUAUGCAAAUGACCAGGGUCGGUAGAUUAGUAAUAGGGUACUGCAGCCCCUUUCAUCACUGACUGACGUCACACCGCUAUCAAUUAAGGCAGAGUUCACUUAUUACACCUCCACCUCUUUCUGGCAGUAUUCACCAACCCCGUGGCACCUCUGGUAAUCAGAAUACUCUGCAGGUUGCUUUGUACAGUGCUUCACAAAUGGCGCUAUCUGUUCUCUUGGGAAGGGAGGUUGUUUUGAAAAGUGAUAGACCGGGUAAGACAGCACUGUUUCCUGAGCUGAAAGGACUUUGACUGAUUUUUAAAUAUUUUCUAUCAGAUUCGGGUGGAGGGGAAGAGUGUGAGAAUUCAUCUUUUAGACUUUUUCUUCAAGACCUGAGGGCAACCUUAAAACAUCAAUUGAACUCAAUCAAUUUUCUCUUUUUAUCAGCAAAAUGACUAAUUGAAGAGAUGGCUAGCAUUGACUAAUGGCACACUUGACCCAUUAAAUCAAUGUACUUAAUGUUUUGUAAAUGUUUGCUGGUUUUACUAUGUCCUGAAAUGUCUCAUGUUGCUCAUGAAGCAAGCACAUACACAUCUGAAACACCAUAUGAAAUAAUCUAAUGGUUGUGUUAACUGGAAUGUUAAGAUACAUAUUUGCUUGGUUUAGUUUUAAGGUUGCCCUCCGGUCUAGUGGUGGGGGGCCUUAUGUGUUUGUAAUAGUCUGUUUCAAUGCAGACCUUAUCCAAUACACUCCAAUUGGGCACAGAGGGCCCAACACCACCCCCUGGGUAUUAAUUUAAUUUGUUUUCAAACAGCCCCCUACACUGUCUUUUCCCAGCUGAUUCCUUCCCACAUAGUAUAUAUGUAUUUUAGGUUUUAUAAGUUUGUUCUGAUCCUGUUUUAAUCAAACCUCAGGUUAUUCUGGUUUAAAGAGAAAUACAUCUGAUGUGAGAUCAUUGUAAAUUGAAGGAGGAAUUUGAACUUUAAUGUAGCAGAGUGGGAUUGUACAGUGGAUGUAGGAGAGAAAAUGGAAAACAAAGUCCAAUAAAUGUUUUUAUUAGCAAUUA